AUGAUUGAUCCAAUCAUGCAUGGUGGAGAUGAUGAAUUCUUUUCUGUUAUAGACACUGAUUACAUUGCAGAAACUAAAAGACCAAACAGGAAGUAGGACAGAGGAAAAAGAAUAUUCAAUGUGAUGUUUUACAAAGAAGGAGAAUAUGCUUUAAACUUUAUUAGAGUAAAGGAAUCAAUGAUACCUUUAAUUGCUAAGGUAGACUUCAAAAAUAGUUAACUAUUCAAAAGUCAGAAGAACAUUAUAGAUAAUAGGUUUCAAAUAACUCUUAAGAUAAAUAGUAUAGAGGGUAAAAUAGAAGCAUUUUGA